UAUUCAUCCGCGCACACACAUAGCGAUCGACAUCGCGCAGUUUUUAUCUGCCUCACCAGCUCCGGUUUCCCCACGUUCAGCCUUUCCCCAGUCAACUGCCGCCAUGUUUUUUUGAGGCAGGAUGACAGCAGAGAGCGAGCGCAGACGAAGACAGAUACAAGACUGAAAAAAAUCCGUCGAAUUACAGCAUUUUUUAGACCAGGCGACGGUCUAUUUUUUUAUCGCGGACUCGCGAGGAACUAAUUUCUCGGCAUAUUUGCAAAUACCAAUGGCUGAAUUGUAGUAUUUUGUUUUCCUAUGGCGUAGGGCAUAUUUUUUCUAAUAUAUAUCCUUUUUUAAUUCAGGAUGGGAGGGAGUCCUCCCACAUAAAUAUAAAAUCCGGAAAUUAGUAUUUUCUCCGUUUUGAAGUUUAUGCCACGAAAAAGCAAGUCUGAAGCCUGACUGAGGAAGAACAACCUAUUCCUGCCUGCGCUUAACUACCUCUUAGCAGCGAACCUACAGGAAUAACCAGGAGAGUGAUCCCUGCAUGAGCAGCUGCUUCACCACAAGCCACCUGCUGUUUCUUAAACAAACUGAAGGAAAAAAACAACAACUUUUAAUCUAUACGACAGAACAUAUUUCAAAGAUGACGGGCAACAUCCCAGUUGACAUGAUCAACUUGAGGCUCAUCUUGGUGAGUGGAAAAACAAAAGAGUUCCUAUUUUCACCAAACGACUCCGCGGCCGACAUCGCCAAGCAUGUGUACGACAACUGGCCAAUGGACUGGGAAGAGGAGCAAGUGAGCAGUCCGAACAUCCUGCGCCUCAUCUACCAGGGCCGAUUCCUACACGGCAAUGUGACGCUAGGAGCUUUAAAACUGCCUUUCGGAAAAACCACAGUGAUGCAUUUAGUUGCCAGAGAGACGCUGCCUGAGCCAAAUUCCCAAGGUCAGAGGAACCGGGAAAAGACUGGAGAGAGCAACUGUUGUGUGAUCCUGUAAAUACAUCCCUUCAUCCCUCAGAACGAGUGUGUCCUGUCAACCUUCGCCCAUGCUGCUUAAACAAAACUAAUCACACCUGACUCCCACGAGCACCUGACCAGAACAAGAGCUUCGCUUCCCCUGGAAAGGAAAGAAUUACCUGAGAGAGAGGGCGAGACACGGAUCAGAGAACAUUUCAGCUUUGCAUAAAUCAUAUUUAAACUAAAAAAUGUCAAAAAAUCUUAAAAAAAAAAAAAAACCCUUCACCUACACAUUUUCACCUUUUCUAACACCUUCACACACAACCAUGAACUCAACAGACCUGUAACUCAUUCACACACACACACACACACACACACACACACACACACACACACACACACACACACACACACACACACACACACACACACACACACUCCUCCCCUUCUGCCAGUUUGCACACUGAGGAGGCCCUCAUUUCCCUGUUUUUGUAUUGCACAUAGUAACAUGAAUGAUUCAGUGAGGAAAAAGAGACUCGUUCGCCUCAGCCGAGGUGUUCGAUUCUCCCUCUCAGGAGGGAGAUGUGUGUGUGGGGGGGAUUCAUUUACACAGGGUCUGACAAACUUCUCACGUUUAUCGACUCGCCACACGCUCGGAUCUGAUGCGGAGGUGGAAAGGCAUGCCGCCGCCUACAUCUGAAAUAAUAGCACACGCUUCACCGAUGGAUUAACCUCUGCUACAGUCGCCCUCCUGGACUGUUUUCGUCAAAUGCUAAUUGCCACACAUAGUCUGUUGAUUUCAGCGCAGGAGAACAAGUAUUGAUGUGCCUGAUGAAUGUUUUAGAAAUGUUUAUUAUACUUUUCCGGUCUUGGAGAUCCAGUGUCCUGCUUUAACAAGUUCCUGCACCCCAGAAGUGCUUGAUUUUAGUUCAGUUGUGUUUGAGCACAGUAGGGACUUUGCAGGUAGAUCUCCAGUAGUUGGUUUGAUUCACUCGUGGAAAGUCUAUAAUAUGCGUAAUGAGUAACGGGAACAUUUGCGACUGUGUUUUGACAGUCAAUCAGUGUUGCUCUGCCCUCUUUAGAUAGAUCCGAGCUGUUCUCUUUCAGGAAGGGUAAUAAGAUUUAUCCCUUUAUUUUCUUAGUGUAGUGGUGUAAAUGAAUGCUUGCUUUUGGAACCAGAAGAUAACUAUGAAAUGAAGUUAGGCUCGGUUUCUAUUUCCCCUUCCUUGUUAGAUAUGAAAUUUGUUUGCACAACACAGAAACAUGAGCUGUUUCGUUUCUAAAUCUGUGUAAUUUUUCUUUCCCCUCCUCCCUUUUUAAUAUUUUUCCAAAUGGGAAUUGUAUUCAAGGGUUACAUAUGUGUAGAGUAUAUUUAAUAUGAAUCUUAUAGAGAACAUAACUAUAGAUUGUUGAUAUAUAUAUUGGUGUUUAGUGUAUGAUAGUCUCAAAACAGUUAGCAGUGAGACGCUGACGGUUUCAUGUACUUUAACAGCAGCAAGUCCCUCUCUAAUGGCUGAAGAAAUUACUGUUCUAUUCUUUUUUUCUUCAAAUGUUUAUAAUUUGAUGUUUUUUUUUCUUUUUCUUUUUAUGUGGUCUUUGCUUUUUGCUUUUUAACAGCACUAGGUCUGAAAAAUAUUGGUCCUUAACAGGGUUCAAAUACAUACUGUACAGAGCUGAAGUUUUUAAAAAGAUUAUUGUAAAUAAACUAAUGCUUCUCAUUCUCUAAACUACAAAUGGAAAUACAUCUAUAAACUGAAUAAAGAAUCCAGAAUAUUGAA